AUGUGCUUGGGCCAGUGCCCACCGCCGUUGGUGGCUUCUGGAUCUUCUUGCGUCCCACGCUGUGAGGAGAAUGCGCUGAAUGGAAUCACCUGGCCCGCCACCAUCAUGACACGCACGUGCAGCGUGACCGGAACGUGGAAUGCGCCCAUUGCAGCUUGCACCAGCGUUUCCGAUACGCUCUCCGAGCUCAACAAGAACAUGAACGCUACCACUGCGGUUGUUGUUCUCACACAAGUGCUGAACGUGGUCAACCAGACGUCGAACUUUGCUUCUGGAGAUUUGACCGCUGUCACGACCAUCUUUGAUGCCUUCUUUGGUCUGCCAGUCACGCCUGGCUCGACCUCGGUUGUGUCGGUCAUUCAAAUUUUCGUUGCCAUGUCCUCGAUUCCAUCCAUCACCACCGCCAUCACGAACGUCUCGACGUUCAACCCAGGUUCCAUCAUCCGCGAGAUUUCAACCGUUCUCCUCCUCGCCUCGCCUCCCCAGUACACGCGACCCGACGGCACUGUUGACUACCAGUCACCGGAAAUUCAAAUCAUUGUAGCCCCGGUCAGCGUGGCCAACAUUAACGAAUCGUCUGUGAUUGCCAUCACGAGCCAAGGCUCGACCGGUGGGGCUGGACAUUACGUUGUUGACGUGGCCUUGCCCGGCUCUGUGCUGCUUGCUCUGGCGGCGGCAACGUCCCUGUCGAAUUUUGUCAUUGAGGCUUCGAUUAUGACGAGUGAUGCCUUCUUCCCGAGCUCACAGAUGGUCCCUGGCGAGGUGUUUAUUGGUUCCCAAAUCCUCUCGUUCAGCGUGCAAGGCCAAGUUCUCACCAAUCUCUCGGAACCGCUGCGCUUUACGUUCGGCCAUCCGGCCGCGACCGCGACCGCGUCAGCACCGGCUCGGUCGUGUGUCUGGUAUGACUAUGCAAUCAGCAGCUGGUCGACAACUGGCUGCACAACGCGUGAAAUUGACAGCUUCACCACCGAGUGCAGCUGCAACCACGCGACCGACUUUUCCGUCCUGUUUGACCUCAAUGGCGCCAGCGGAUCUUCUGAAGUGCUGAGCACCAUCACCUAUGUCGGCUGUGCCCUGUCGUUGGCUGGCGUUCUGCUCACCUUUGGGACGUUCUUGGCAUUCUCGCAACUGCGCACGCCUGCCAUCCGGAUGGUCAUGCACCUGUGCGUGGCCAUCUUUGCCGUCAAUCUCGUAUUCUUGGCAGGUGCUUCGCCUCCUUCCAGUCUCCAGGACGAUGAAGACCACAGCUCCACCGAAUGGGGCCAGUGCCGUGCGACCGCCAUCUUUUUGCACUACUUCCUGCUGACAGCCUUCUUUUGGAUGUUUGCCAUGGUGGUGUCGCUCUUCCGCGCCAUCGUUCUGCUCGACUCGAACACGCACCUGUAUUUUAAGCACAUUGCCAUUGCGUGCUGGUCUGUUCCGGCCCUCUUUGUCAUCAUCACCAUGGCCGUGGACAUUGACAAUUAUGGCAGCACCACGGCGUGCUGGAUUACCGAGCGGGCGGCGCUGCUUGGCGCGUUCGUCGUGCCCGUGCUCGUUCUGAUUGCUGUCAACUUUGUCCUGUUUAUUGCCAUUGUCCGGGCACUGCUUCGCAACGCUGCCGAGCUCAAAUCGCUGCAGCAAGAAAACCGGCCGCAGGCGCGUGCCAUCGCCGCCAUCUUUGUCUUGCUCGGCGUCACCUGGGUGUUUGGCAUUCUUGCGCUCGACGACGCCGCCACGGCCAUGGAGUACUUGUUUGUCAUCUUCAACAGCUUGCAAGGCUUUUUCAUUUUUGUCCUGUACUGCUGCAAUCGCCGCGUGCUGACCGAGUACCGCAAGGCGGUUGACAAGAGCUACCAUUCUUUGCGGAUGCGAUCGACCUCGCGCACGUCCGGUGGCCACAGCUCGGCCAGCUCGAACUUUGGCAGCACAAGCAGUGGGUACGCCACCAACAAUAGCAGCACGCUUGCCCGCAGUCGUCCGACGUCGUCGGCGUAUUACAGCUCGCACGACGAUGUGAGGCAAGGCUACUCUUCGUCUGCGACUUCUUCGCCUUCGCCAACGCGCUCUCGGUCUACCGGCCUGACGCUGCGCGCGCCCGUGGACUUUAACGCGUCCAAUACGACGACAGGCUUUGCAUCCCAGCUCCACCUCCCAGCUAUCAAUUUCGCGACGACAUUGCCGCCGCGUCCCUUGACCGUCGAGCACCGCAGUGUGCACAUUGAGAUGGAGCAACUGCCCGGUGACGAGACGCGUGUUUAG